GUCACAGGGAGCCACAAUGACCUCCCCGGUCAGCGUGGUCGUGGUGGGAGCUGGAUGUCGAGGGGAGAUCUACUCCAAGUUUGCAACCAUCCAUCCGGAACGCAUGAAGGUUGUAGGUGUUGCUGAUCCAAGGAAAUUUGCUCGCUCUAAACUUCAACAGCAAGUUGGGUUUUAUCACUUUGCACACUCAUUUGUUCGGGGGAACUGGAGGAAUGAAGCCGAGAGCUCUUUUGUUCUUUUGGCCAAGUCGUGCCACGACAUCGACCUGAUACAUGACUGGGCUGGAGCACGCAGGUGUUUGAAAUUGUCAUCAUUUGGAUCAGUCAGCCACUUCCGAAAAGACAACAAGCCUGCGGGUGCUGCAGAUCGCUGCCUGGAUUGUUCAGUAGAAAGAGACUGUCCAUACUCUGCUCGCAAAAUCUACCUGGACAGAGUGAAACAGGGUCACACUGGCUGGCCUGUAUCAGUCAUAUGUCAGAGCUCGCUGCCAGACAUCGAGUCAGUAACCGAGGCUCUUAGCGCUGGACCAUAUGGCCGCUGCGUCUACGAGUGUGACAACGAUGUCUGUAGUAAUCAGGUUGUUAACAUGGAGUUUGAAGGGGGCCUGACAGCGGUCUUCUCUAUGGUCGCCUUCACUAAGGAAAUAUGCAAGCGAAAAACAACCAUCUAUGGCAGCAAGGGGGAGCUGUCAUACGAUGGCCAUGAUGUCUGCGUAUUUGACUUUCUGACCCAGAGUUCUACCAAGUACACAGUACAGGAUAAUACUCCCUCACAGUUUUGCAUGAGUGGACACGGUGGAGCAGACUACCACCUGAUGGACGCUUUUAUUUCUGCUGUGGCAAACAAUGAUCCAUCCCUGAUCCGAUCGGGUCCUGAGGAGACGCUGCUGAGCCACCUGCUGGUGUUUGAAGCCGAGCGUUCUCGUCUGGAGGGCAGGGUGGUGUACAUUGGUAAUGGUAGCCAAAGCUAGAUGAAUGUUGUGCCAUGCACCUAGAGGAGAUGUCAAAAGAGCUUUAAAUGAUAAGGGGUGACGUUGGUAUUGAUGUGCCACAAACAAAAAACACGUGAUCUCCGCAGGGGAAUCAAUACGUUACGUUCUGCCUCCUACACGCUGCGCCACCCCUCUCCUGAAUGCUCCAGAGAUUUCUGUGUCGUUGUGAACGUGUCCGAGCUGAGAAUCUUCAGCUGCAUUGUUCACGUGUAAAAGGCAAACUCCGGAGAAAGUCGGGACCAAAUUUUGCAGAUUUUCUCCAGAGGUCAUGUCUGAAAAUGACCUAUGAUACCUGGAUGAUCAAAGACACAAUUAGACUAAUGAAUGACUGAACAAAGCUUUGUGUUUUGAUGCUCAUGAUUUUCUUCCAUUUACUCAGGGAAUCUACUGCUGUCUGUGUUUGUGUGACUAAUUGAAGGACUAUUUUUUAAAUUAAAUCAUGUUUGCCACAACAUUUGUUUUUCAUUAUAAUGCCAUCAGUUAGUCAGGAUAGCUGAAGACAAAAAGUACUAAUGAACUAAACUACUGGUUAUUUGACAGAAAGCCCUUCGCCCUAUGGGAACCAAUGUGAUCCAGGGUUUUUACUUUACCUUUCAAUGGCUAAUUCUUGCUCCUAUGUCGCUUUGUAUAAAGAGAGAUAUACUGCUUUUCUGAUUUCUGACUAAAAUAUAAUGUAUUAAUACAACUAUUUUCUAC